ACUUUCUGUUCAUUCGUUUACGAGUUUCGGUGCCGGAUUAUGCUUUUCGAGUUUGUUUGUAUUUUCACCUUGUUUAAUUCACGUGUUUUCAGUUUCUUUUUUUCAAACCACAACAGCUCGUUGUUGACAAAAAGGGUGAUGAUAUAAUAGCGAAGAUGAAUCUCAUAAUAUUUUGGCUGUUUGGCUUGGCUUCCUCGGUAUUCAGCUUAGACUCAUGUAGCAAGCGAAUGAAUAUUUUACUGCCGAAAGUGGUGGUUCCGGGGCAGAGUACUACCGCGUUAGUGCAUUUUCAUUCCAAAGACGAACAACAUAAUGUAACGCUUAGAUUGAUACGCUCUUCCGGAACUCCAUUUAACUUGGUGUCUUCCACUGAUGUACUGGCCCAGAAUACAGUGGUGAUUAAAGGAAAUGGGAUAGUAUGGUUGCAAAUACCGAGUCAAGAAAAUGGCAUGUACGAUAUUCAAGCAUUAUUAGACUGCACGCCUUCGGAUCAAAAUUGUACAAUGCAAACUAGCUCGAAAGUAAAACUCGCAGGGUCCGUGCGAGAUGUGAUUAUUCGACCGAGCAGUAAUUACUAUAGACCUGGGGAAACAAUUGUUUUUUGGAUUUUAUCAAUCGAUCAAACGCUGCGUGCACCGAAGUCAUCGUUGGCUAAAUUGUAUAUCAAAGACUCUAGAGGAAUAUCUCAAGCAUUCUGGGAAGAUAUUCCAUUGUUUCAAGGAACAAAAGAAUUCAAAAUGCCCAUUUCGGAAAGAGCGCCUCUAGGAAAAUGGACUAUACAGGUGCAAACAGAAGGAAACGUAUAUUACAGUGAACUGAACGUGUCUUUGGCUCGGGGUAGUAAUCAACCGCCGAACCGUGAACAAGUGGUCACGGAAAAACAUUUCGUUGAGUUACACUUCAGCAAUGAAAUGAGAAGAAAAUACAAACCUGGAUUACCGUUGAUGGGAAAGGUAGAAGCGGUAAGCUCCGAAGAAGAAGUUCGUGUUAGGGUAAAAGUUAUUGAUGAUCAGUUUACCGUUUUAUACAGCCAAGAUAUCGACAUGAACGGAAGGGAAGGUACAUUUUUCGUUCCAGCUGUUAUUACGAAUACCGAAGAAAUUACUGUUCAGGCGGAAUUGAUAUCACUGGGCGGAAAAGACGUUGACAGCCAGUACGUCCUCGCUAAAGAAACUCUACACAAAUGGAAGUCCGAAUCAAACUGCUAUCUUUUAAUUAAAGAUUUACACACUGAUUUAAAGCCUAGCAUAGAUGCAGAAGUGACAGUCCUAACAUCUUGUCCAUGUAGCGGUGAUAUGCAUUACGUCGUAACGACUGAAGGAAGAAUGAUUUCAUGGGGAGAGCUAACGUUAUCGAACCAAACAAAUGUUCCAAUCAAUCUUGAUAGCAUAAUGCAGGGUGUCAAUAUUUACGAAUUUAAUAUUUCAUUUUCAAUCGAAUCUGAAAUGGCUCCAAUCAGUCAUCUAUUUGUAUAUUACACAACGCCUUCGGGUGAAAUUGUCGGAGAUUCCAUUAGUUUUCGCGUGAAACUUCUACACGAAAAAGUGAGUUUGAUUCUGGAUGAAAAUAAUGUUUGGUAUAUUGAAGACAAGAUCAAAGUGGGAAUUCUAUCGUUUCCGAAAACGCAUGUAUGCUUAGUGGGUGGAAGAUCAGAAGAUAUGCAUCUUCCAAACAGGGAGCCACUAGAACCGAGUCAGCAAAUAUUAGAAGAUGGCAUGUCAUUUUUGAAUUCGUGUGAUAAUCGAACUGAAAAUGAAGACUUUCACCUUCCAAAGCACGUAAGCUAUUACCCGAGCACGAUGAUAAAUCAAGUAUGGCUGUGGAAAUGUUUCAAUUAUACAGAAGACAUAGAAACAAACGGAGUCACUUUGCCUCCUACAAACGGGCCGGGUAAAUGGAAAUUGUGGGUAUUUUCAGUUUCGGAUACGGCUGAACUGAGGAUAUCAGAACCAGUCACCGUUAACGUAUUUUCACCGGUCAAUAUUCAAUUCGAACUGCCAACGACAGUUAAAGUAAUGGAGAUUGUACAAGUCGAAAUCACGAUAUCAAGCAACAUAAAUUCCUGUAUCGAUAUUCACGCUUUGAUUGCUCUCAGCGAAGGUGCCAUAUAUCCUGGUAUAGACAUGUCUAUCGUAUCGGAAAAAUUACGGUUAGGAGGACACGGCGCUACAUCCAUUGUAGUACGCAUUCAACCUGUCACUCCUGGCUUAAAAACAAUGACUGCUAACGUCAGCUGCUAUGUACGAGAAGGUUGCGAAGAGGCUGCCAAUUCGGUUGAAGAUUUCGACGUUAAAAUUCCAAUCACCAGUGUGGUCACGCAUUCAGAAACGCUCGAAGCGAUGCCAGAAGGGAUACAAAAAAUACACACCGAAAGUGCCUAUUUUUGCGCCAAUGAAGAAGUGUUGACAUUACCAUCGCGAGAAAUUCAUUAUAACUUCAUACCGGCUCCGAGGAAAAAAUACAACAUCGUUUUCGAUAUCAUAGCGGAGAAAAAUUUCCAUAUUGCUUUAGCCGAGCAACAAAAUUCGUCGAAAAAUAUUUACCAAAUAUAUUUAGGUGAUUUUGAUAACACAGUGUCGUGGAUUGGACGCGGUAAACACAAUUACCAAGUGCAUCUUACCAGCGCUCAAACACCUUAUAUCUUGUCUGGAGCACAAUACCAAACUUUCUGGCUAAGCUGGGAAAAUUCAGUGAUAAAUAUAGGCAAGGGGAGUGUCGUUGGAAGUAAUCCAUUCCUGACUCAUAUCAUAGACCGCAAGAUGAAGAUAAAUUAUAUCGGAUUUUCAUCAAAUUGGGGUGUGAAGGGUCAAGUGAGGAUAUCUGAACAUAACGACGAAUCCGGAUAUUCGCAAGUACUGCGUUUAGAAAUUCCUCAUCGUAUACUUUCAGGAUCUGAAAAAGGUUACCUUUAUGUAACCGGAGGCUUAUGCUUGCCACUUGUCUUUCAAAAUAUGGAAAUAAAAUCCAACGUUUAUCCUUUUAGCAGUUUAGCAUCAACACUUUCAUCCUUCACACCAGUUUUAUUGAUGGACAGUAUGGCGUGGGAUUUGGAUUGGUUAUACAGCAAGUUCAAUAAAUCCUACAUUCACGAAGCAAUCGAAAAAAAUAUUCAAACUCUGUUAACCUACAUGAACGACGACUAUUCGUUUAGCGACCAUCCGAAUGUUACGGACCAUUUGAACACAGUUAGAGUUUUUGAAAUUCUAUCGAGGGCACAAUAUUACUGGAAGAUUGAUUCGCAAUUAAUUGAAAAUAUUAAAAAAAGGAUCCGUGGUAAUCAGAAAGACGAAGGGUACUUUUCUGAUACAAAUAACGCAUCGUUGGAAGAUAAGGUAGCAAUAACCGCGGAAACUUUAUCAGCAUAUGUGGAAGUUGGUUUUCACGAGGAAGAUUAUGAUACGAUAUUAAACAGUCAAAGAUACAUUGAGAGGAACAUUCAUAAAAUUAACAAUUCAUAUGUGAUUGCGGUUGCAUGUUACGCCCUGAAAUUACUCAAAAGCGAUGUUGCCGAAGAACUUGUAGAUAAAUUGUACGCUUUGAAAAGGGUAGAUGGAAACGAAAAUGACUGGCAAAACACGCAAUCGGCAACAGUUCCUUCUCCAUUUGACUGGUUGUAUGAAAAAGAAGAGCAUAUAUCCGACGAAGAGAAAAAACAAUUGAUUUCAAAUUAUUUGGCAAACUAUAAAGCUUCUGCUUAUGAGGUUCUAGUCCACACAUUGAGGAAAGACCCCAGACGUGCGGAGCCGGUUGUGAAAUACAUUUUCUAUCGGUCUAAUAUUUUAGAUCAACAUCCCGAGGUAUCAUAUUUAGUGGCCAAAGCGUUAGUUAUGUUUUCUCGUAUCUCUCGGAACAUCCAUCCAUCAUUGACCAUUUCUUUAGCCACGUCGGGUAUGGAGUUGACUGACACAUUGGAACUGAAAUCUGAACACGCUCCUCAUAUUUUAGACUUGCCAUCACUACCCACUAAAGUAUUUAUUUACGCUACUGGAGCAGGAUGCUCGACUGUUCAAAGCCAAGUGACGUAUUCAACGUACGAAACAACGGCAGCUUAUUCUUUCGAUAUAAUUUCAUUUAUCGAAGCGGAAAUUCCUGCUCAUUACAACGUAGUGGGAGAUCCCGAAGGACUUUAUCCUCAGCUCAUUUUAAAAUCAUGUUUCAAGUUAGACAAUCAUUCAAAAGGUUUCAGAAUGGAAGCAAUACUGUUCUCAGGAUAUAGAUUAGAUUCCGUGCUUUCAGUAUCUCCUUCGGAUGCCAAUUUCACUUAUGGCUCUGCAGGAGAUAAAGUUUGGUUCAUGUUUGCCAACGUGCCUGAAAAAUGUGGAAUUUGUGUUCGAUAUGUAAUACAAAGUUCAUUCAUUAUUUCGUCAUUGAGACCAAUGUUCUUCAGAAUGUACGAAAUUGAAAACCCGCAAAUAGUUCAAGAGCUUUUUGUGCAUUCCUUAAAUAAAGACAGCCUGCUCAGAACUGAUGUCACUGAUGCUCAUUUUACGACUUGGUUCGGCUCAUCUAACGGUGGUCGAUCUAAUAACUACAAUGAUCUAUCAUACUUCUAUCAAUGUGAUAUGCUAAUACAAAACAAAAGUGACAUUACAAUCCCAACACUUAAAAAUAACCAAGAGACUCGUAAUCCAACCCAGAUAAGUACAACAAUAGAAAAAUCACCCAAAAAUUCCAAAUCAAGCUCAACUGCAAACCAGCCGGAGUCAACAACAAGUGAUGACAUCAGUGGAGUAGAAUUCACCACUAAUUAUGCAGAAGAUACCUCUUCAUCAAACGAAGACAAAUACACGACGUAUUCGACAAGUAUCAAAACAACAAACAAAACGUCCAUUGCUAUACCUAAUACAACAGCAAUAAAUAAAAUCGACAAUCGUGGAAGUAUUAACACGAUUACAUCAAAAAAAGACUCGAAUAAAUCGAUUACUGAUAAAAGCCACGAUAAAAAAAUGAAAAAUGAUAGGAACGAAACAAAAGUUAGUACCAAAUUACCACUCAGCUCAACUACCAAGGAAAAUUUAACUCAAGAUGAAAGAAAGCUAGAAACAAAAAAAAAUAAACGAUCCAACUCUGAGAAAGCACUUCAGAAAACUAACGAAUUUCCCAAAAAAUAUCACAAAGAAAACGACACCACAAACGACGAAGUGAAGAAGAAACACAUCAUUAAGAAAACAACGCCAAAACCAAAAUCACAAAUCACUAUCAAGCCUACAAAAACACAUUCAACUCGAAAUAUCACGAUAUCAACCACACCCACAACUCGAGAUACGCAAAAUGAUACAGAUUUCUAUCUGGAAAAUGUAUCGGAAAAUGUAUCGGAAAACGUAUUGCAAUCUAGCAACUCAACUUUAAAACCUCAAAAUGAAACUAUUUUCAGAAAAAAAGAAAUCAAUAAAAUUGUCGUCGGACAAAACGAAUUAAUAUUUGAUUUAAGCUACGAAGUUACAACAGCAUCGCCAAAUGCAUCCAAUCAUUUGCAAGAAAAGAAAACUACAACGAGUGCUCUGUGGGGUAUGUUAAAAGAAGUAGCGUAUGAUACUAAACGUAAACCACUGACACCAUCUAAAUAAAAAAAACUCGUGAUUGGUUUAGAAUGGUUUUACAUUUGACCCUUUCUCCCUCCUCUUCAACAAAAAAAAAAUCAAAAAGGUUGAGAAUUGAUUCGGUGUCAAUUCACAAUUUAUUUAAGGUAUAGCCACUGCCAGGAAAAAAAGAAAUAGGCAGGUAAUCUCGUAUUUGGAAUUUUUCUUAUUAUAAAUUUAAAAGAUUGAACGGCUGUUAACUAUUAAUUCUUUGAAUCGAGAACGUUAAAUAGACCUACCCUUGAUUAUAUAAGUACCUAUUUUGAUGUAAGUAAAUUAAUAACGUUCUCAUUUAGGAUAAGCUAACAAAAGCCAAUUAAUUAUAGAAAAUGCUCAACAUGUUUUAUUCGAUUGAUUAUGUUUACCAUUUUAUGUGAAUAUUUUUUAAUACAUGUAGAUUUCGAAUAGAUAAGGAAUUGUACAUACAUUUUAUACAGUCAUGUUCAAUGCUCUUUUACAAACUGUUGAAUAGUUUUAUUUUUUGUUAUUUCUGCUGAAAAAUAUUACAUCAUAGAAUAUGAACUGGUGGGAUAGUGGAUGGAUUCAUGAAACACUUGGGUAAAUAGUACCUAUUCUUACCAUUUUUCAAUUCUAUAAUCGAUGGAUUUGUUAUGCAUUGAAUGUUCUUAUUGCCUUUGUUUUUUUUUGUUUUGUUUUUUAAAUACAUACACUACUAUUAUUAAUUAUUAUAAUUUAUAUGUAUAAAUUUAAAUUGAAAAAAUCUCUUUUUGUUUAAAUGAAUGAAAAUGAAAAAAUAAAAAUCUUCGUUCUUUGCAAGGAACGAGGCGCAUUAACAUUGGAAUUUUUGUACUUGUAUAAAUAAUAUUUCGUAUGUUAAACAAAAAACAUUAUAAAAUUACUUUUUUCAUUAUUUUUUGUAAAUAUGUACUCAUUUACAUUUGAAAAUAUUUUGAUUACACGCACACUUUCAAUAAAUUAGGUCUACGCUUCUAUGUAGGUCUUCCAUACCUCAAGAUUAAGAAAAUUUCAACUACCUACUUUACCUGAACACAAAAUUUAGCACAAAGCAAUACCUACCUAUUACACUUUAAAAGCCUAGCGUUUUGCGAACUUUGUACUUAACUUUUUGUAGAUAAAAUUUUUAAUUGUAAGUUUGAGAUCAAACAUUCUGGAUUUAAAUUGAAUGUAUCAAGUCUUUCGAAAUCCUAAGAAUAAAAAAUUAAUAAAAGAAGUUGAUAAAUCUGCAAGUUAUUAUACAUAAACUGCACGUGUUUAAAAAAAAAUGAAACAGCGAAUUGUAGUGUGGUUAACUACACAUUUGGUAUACGAAUACCCACGUGUACGUAUUUAUUUAAAGAGAGAAUGUACAAUAGAUGAACAUGAUUAGAUCAUCAUAUUCGAGCAUAAGUUGAAUUAUACAUGAUAUUGUAGCAAUGGAAUGAUUUUUAAUUUGUUAGGCAUUAAAUCUGUGAAGUUAUAUAAAUGUAAUAAAACUUUUAGAAUGAUGA